AUGAAUAUUCGACAGCGCAAGUCGGAGCGGCACAAGGAGGUGCUGCGGAAACUCAGCCAGAAUGGCGGCAACAAGAACUGCUUUGAUUGCGGCAUGCGAGGUCCGCUCUACGUGGUGUCGGAUUUCGGCAUUCUUGUCUGCUCCGGCUGCAGUGCUGUGCAUCGCUCCUUUCAGCACAAAGUGAAGGGUAUCACAAUGAGUGAGUUUACGGAUGACGAGAUCGCCCGCUUCUCCGUAUCUGGUAACGACCGGGCCCGCAAGGUAUGGCUGAGCACCUUUCACGACCAGCUCCCUCGCUCCGGUAACGUGAUGGCGCUGAAGGACCACGUGCACGUGGUUUUUGAAGAGCGGCGGUUUUGGAGUGCGCAGGAGCUGUCCGCUUUGCAAGACUCGUGGGAGCACGCACAGGGACAGCCUUCACAUGCGCCGCCAUCUUUGUCGGUGACAAGACCUGCAGAGUCCCCCCUCGCUUCAGUUCCAGAGGCACCCACGGCGCAGCCCGGACCCGCUGCUGCUCCAACGAGUCCCGUGCGUCCGCCACAAGAGGAUGCCUUCGAUAACCUGUUCUCUGCACCAGUGCAGCCUUCGUCUACACCGCAACCCACAGCGCAUGCAGCAGCACCACCACUACCACCAAUGACUACCUCGCACGCCCCUACUCCUCCAGCGCCGCAGCAGCCCGCAACAGUGACCAGUAUCGUGGCUGAUUUGUUUGCUGGAGUGCCGCCGCCAGUCGUGCAGCCAGCAGGUGGAUAUAGCGCCCCUCAUCCACAGCAACAACAGCAAAAGCAGUCGAUGGGCUAUCCUACUGAUGGCGGCAUGUACAACUUCACUCAAGACCCCCAGAGCAGCAUGAUGGCACCUACGCAACUGCAGUCCUCACAGCUGCCGUCCCAGCAGCAGCAACCGCAGCCGUUCACUUGGGGUCAACCCGUGCCGGCACAGCUGCAACAGCAACAGCAACAGCAGCAUAUGAUAGGGUUGCUCGGCUCUUCCGGGACCGUGGCCCCGUACGCUACGCCCGCCCAGUCACAGAGCUACAACUUCAAGAACGGCGCACCAGGCGCCGCCGCCUACCCCUCCGCGAACGGUGCACCGGCCCAGGCCUACCAGCCGUCGCCUUUUGCGAGCAAUCCGCCGCCUCCGCAGGAAGGUGGGGGCGCGUCUUUCAUCCCCAACCACAAUCGCAUCGUCGUCUUGUCCGUGACGAAGCAGCAGAACGACGGACCGCAGAACCCUCAGCCGCAGUGGCAGUGA